AUGGGCCUCCACCACCUCAUCAAGGACAUGCGCACUCCCAAGCCAAACUGGGACGAGAAGUUUGCACCAUACUGUCUUCCAAACGUCGCACCCAUUGAGCGCCUACCCGAGGCUGUGGACCGACUGCGAGCUGCCCGCUCGCGCGAGGAGGCCAUCGCGACCAUCCGCGCGUACAUCCAGCCCAAGGUCGAGACGAAGGGCGCCAAGCCCGUGACCGCCUUGCAAUCUCUGGCCGAAGAGGUGCCAGAGCGCAUUCCCGAAAUGAAGGUCGUGUGGGAUGUGUUUGGGCUCAAGACCGUCCGCGACAUUGCUCUCAACGGCGGCGGUCCUUGGUACGCCUCGCAUGGACCGUACGUCGGGUUCAGCGGUGCGCAGAAUGCGGCCUACGCGGGCAACUAG